AUGGCAGGUGGUGAAGAGGAAGAAGGCACAGAAGACAACGGGCCAUGGAAAACAAGGGGACGGGAAAGAAAAGAAUAUUGCAGCAGAUGGACACCAGCAACCUCUCCUCGUCAGAGGAUGGAAGCAGCAGCGGAAGCCGGCGACAGAGGCAGAGGAAGCGGCAGAAUGGAGGAGGGGAAACCAAAGAGAAACAACAGACAGGAAAAGCGAGGGAAGAAACCUGCCUGCCGACCCCCAGCUCCGGGAGACCGGGAGCAGCACCAUAUCCAAUGCACCCCAGCAACGGGAGAUGAAAGAAACUGGACCACCAGAGAAAAGGACAGGGGCACAGGUGGAUCCCCACCAGAGGCACCUCCAGCCUCGCCACAAGGGACCCCACACCCAGUGGGAGACCACUCCCAGUAUCUGAGCCCGGAAUCAUUAAUUAAUGUAUGCGCCUCGCCCGUGCGGAGCAAGCGGCUGGCCAUCCUCCAGCAGCUCCCACCGCUGCUGGUGACGUCCCGGCCGGUCGUUCUGACCGGUGACUUCAACAUCAUCAUCGAUGCGGCUGGACGAUCCGGCAAUGCCGAGAGCAGACUGGAUAGCACCUCCAGACACCUGAUGGAAAUGUAUUUUGAGGGUACCACUCUAGAUUCACAAGCACCCCAAGUAUUGAUUGAUAAAAUAAAUAUGACAACAAGCAUAUUUGAUGUGCUAAGAGAUAAAGUAGCUGCUCUGGAAAACAGUCCCAACCCUUUUUCUGUUGACACUAGAAAACGACCUCAACCUUUGGUGCUGGACCAGAAUGCCAGGGACAAAAUCCUUAAGCGAGGCUUUACCACAAACAGAGUGCCCGCUCGUCUUGAUGCCAUCGUGAUUGGCAGUGGAAUUGGAGGACUUACAGUGGCAGCAGUGCUGGCCAAGGCUGCCAAACGUGUUCUGGUGCUGGAGCAACAUGACCAGGCUGGAGGCUGUUGUCACACAUUCAUUGAAAACGGAUUUGAGUUUGAUGUUGGUGUCCAUUAUAUAGGACAAAUGCAUGAGUGUGGAAUGCUGCGUGUCAUCAUGGACCAAAUCACUGAUGGGCAGGUGGAAUGGCUUCAAAUGGAUGAUCAGUACGAUAAUAUCAUCCUGGGUAAAGGUGACAACUCUCGUAAAUACGAACUUCACAGGGGCAAGCAAAGGUUUAUUGAUGCCUUGAAGAGGCAAUUUCCUCAGGAGGAGCAAGCAAUAGAGAAAUAUAUGACACUUGUAAAGCAAGCUUCAAAACAUGUACCCCUGAUGGCUAUCCUGAAAAUGAUUCCCUUUCCUUUGGCCAAAUUUCUUGUCAGCACUGGCAUUAUCCAUUGGAUCUCCACAAUAUUUAAGGUUGCAAGCACAAGCGUUACUCAUAUUGUUAAUGAGCUGACAGAAAACCCAGAUCUAAGAGCCGUCUUUUGCUACAUGUUCACUGGUGUUCCACCCAAAGACACCAGCUUUGUAAUGAAUGCGUUACUGGUACACCACUAUAAGCGUGGUGCAUGGUAUCCCAAAGGAGGGGCUAGCCAGAUUGCUUUCCAUUGUAUUCCAGUUAUCCAGAGAGCAGGCGGAGCUGUUCUUGUGCGUGCUCCUGUGCAACGAAUCUUAAUUAACAAAGAUGGAAAAGCCUGUGGUGUGGCUGUAAAUAAAGGGCAAGAGGAAAUAUGUAUUUAUGCAUCUUCAGUGAUCUCUGAUGCUGGAAUAUACAACACCUACGAACAUCUUUUACCAAAAGAAAUCCAAGCCAAACCUGCCAUUCAGUCACAACUUGGCAUGGUACAGCACAGCAUGGGAUCAUUCCUUGUGUUCGUUGGUCUCAAAGGUACAAAAGAAGAGUUAGGAUUGAAGGCAACCAAUUAUUGGAUUUAUCAAAACAACAACCUGGAUGAGUUAAUGAACCACACCAUUUCUGCAAGCAAGGAAGAAUUUAUCAAAACUAUCCCGAUGUUAUUUAUUACCUUUCCAUCUGCCAAGGAUUUCACCUGGCAGGAACGACAUCCAGGAAAUUCAUGUAUGACUAUUCUGACCAUGGCUCGCUACGAGUGGUUUGAAGAAUGGAAGGACAGAAAAGUAAAGAAUAGAGGAGCGGAUUAUGAAAAGUGGAAGAUGGGCAUUGCCAGGAAACUAUUAGACUGGGCCAUAGAUUUAUUUCCGCAGCUGAAGGAUAAGAUUGAAUACUUCAAAGCUGCAACCCCCCUCACUAAUCAAUACUACCUGGCUGCUCCUCGUGGGGAGAUGUAUGGGAUCAACCAGGACCUCGCUCGGUUCACUCCUGACGUUGUUGCCUCUAUCAGAGCAAAAACUCCUGUGAAAAACCUUUACCUCACUGGUCAGGACGUUUUUUCUAAUGGGGUAGCUGGAGCGAUGCAUGGAGGCCUCAUCUGUGCCUCUGCCAUUUUAGGGCGAAUUGUGUAUCUGGAUCUUAUUCUUCUUAAAAGGAGACUUAAGAAGAAAGAACAUAAAAAAGUGAUGUGA